AAACUUGUGGGUGUGAAGUACAAUUAACAUAAGAGUUAACCCGUUUGAGUAACACAACUCGAGUAUAUCCAAUUUUCAAUAUGCAAAUUAUAGUGUUUUGGUAACAAGGGUUUUGAGGUACUCAUCAAUGGAGAAGAGGAAAUUCGUAGUGAAGGAACUCCUCAAGGACAAGAAACUGUGGUUCGCUUCAUUCCUCAUUGUCUGGGCUGCUGCUCUCCAGGGGCACAUGAUGUGGUUGCAGAGGCAAGAUUCUUUCAAGGACAAGUUUGGAAACCUAAAUGAUGAAGGCACAGAUCAACAGAAACUGGCAGAUAAUCAAUGACCCCGUACAACAACAACAACAACAACAACGUCCUAGAAAAAACAGUCGAGAGCAAUACUGGAAAAGGUACCACAAAGAGAAGCUUCAGUUGCUUACUACUCACAGAUGAUAGAUAAAUAGGAGAAACUGUUGAUCGGCACUUUUUGGAUUCUGAGCUCUCAUUAAUUACUUCAAUGUACCGUUUUAUCAGACUGUCAAUCUUCAGGUCACUUGUUUAUGAACUCACGUUUGGUUCGUCUAAUGGUAUCAAUUGCUUCUUCUAAGAUGCUAUGAAGUAGUCUACUUUGAUAUGUAAAUGAAGGACUACAAUGUUCUGCUGAACCAAAAUUGGAUAUUGUUAUCUAAUGUUUUGGGUGAUUUGGGGAUUUUUCUUUGCUCAAGGUGAUUUACUUUGUAAUAAAUAAGUUCUCCCCUUCACAAAAUUGAAAGCAUUGUUAUUUAAUGGUGUGUUCAUUAUCAGUAGUUUUCUUAUUUUGGGCUUGGCAUAAUGAUUUCCUUCAAGCAAUUUAUGUAAGACAUUAGUUAUAAAAGAACAAUGUUGUUAGUUCU